AUGACAACAUUCAUAUUAGACGACGUUACCAAUGACAUAUCGAUAGACGCCAGUGCUAGUUUUAACACUAUUAAUACUUCAAAUUUGGCCAAUGUUUCAAUGGUGGCAAACAACAACAACAAUCAAGCAUUAACAUCACCAUCAAUGUACUUCAGUAGCGCACCUGUGGAUCAAGAUUCAAAACCAAAAGAAGUGCCAAUAGCGACACCGGUGUCCUCGAUGCAACAUCAAUAUAUUUCGAACACAAUUUAUCAACCUCCAUUUUACAAUACGUCAACAUUGAAUCAACCUGUUUUACAGUCUCAAUCGACCCCUUAUUCAUCAUAUGCAGCUGGUCCAAUUGCUCAAUCCCAAUCGAAUUCUUAUUCAUCGUAUUCAACGGACCCAUUCGAUCAAUCGCAAACAAAUAAUACAUCAAGUCAAAGUUGA